AUGUUCUUCUUCAACCGGGGUCCUCAGAGCAGGCCAAUAGGUCUCGAGUGGCGUUCCUCUUCGUGGCUGGUCACUGCAGUCAUUGGCCUGGGCAUAGCCGUGGAUUUACUCAUUUAUUCGGUUAUCAUCCCUGUCAUGCCAUUCCAGCUUGAAUUGCUUGGGUACUCAAAGGUCUCUUCCUUAACUGGGUGGUUGCUUUUCGCCUACUCAGGCGGUCUGGUGAUAUCUACAAUUCCUAUCGCCAUGUUGUCCGAACGUUACAAUGCCCGGCAACUGCCCCUGAUUUUUGGCUUGUUCGUUCUCAUGGGGUCGCAAGUCAUGCUCAUGGAAGCACCGAAUUAUCCUGUCAUGUGUAUAGCCCGCGUCCUCCAGGGCAUUGGUUCUUCCAUGGUUUGGGUAGUCGGGCUAGCACUGCUAUCCGACUCUAGCCCUCCUUCAAUGGUUGGAUUGCAACUGGGAAUCGCUAUGAUGGGGUUAUCACUCGGAAUGGUGGUAGGUCCUCCUGUAGGUGGACUGUUGUAUAGCCAUUUUGGCUUCCGAGGACCAUUCAUCUUCGGUAUCUCGGCGACCUUCUUGGACCUCAUUGGACGCUUGAUCCUCAUUGAACGUAAAGACGCUCUCGUCUGGGGCGUUGAUCCAGCAAAGACUUCAAGUAACGAAGACAACGCACCGUCUCUAGUAAUGGAAGCGAAAGCAGAAGAGGAGAUCCAAGAGAUUCCGAACACGUCCGCUGAUGUCGAAGCCGCUAAAGAUCAAGAAAUGGCUGUUUCACAAGAAUCCCAGCCUGCCGCUGACACAGAAGCCAAUCCUGAAAUAAAAAUAUCAUUGGUGUCCGUUAUGGCAGACCUCUCAAGGUCUCCGCGGGCAUUAGUCGCACUAUUCAUCAUUUUUGUUUAUGGAAUCGUGUAUAGUAGCCAAGAGCCCGCGAUACCUCUGCACCUCCAGCGGGUCUGGGAUCUUGAUUCCAGGGCCGUUGGGAUUGUGUUCAUUGCUGCUGUUGUGCCCACAAUGUUCUCGGCUCCGCUCACUGGUUUCUGGGCUGACAAAAAAGGGACAGAGUGGCCUGCUACCUUGAGUUUACUAUUCUCUAUCCCAUGGUGGGUUGUUAUCAUUAUAGAAUAUCGACUCGCCCUCUUCAUUGCCGCGUUCGCCCUGGAAGCGUUCUUCACGUCUGGAGUCAUGUCCCCGUUAACGGCUGAGCUAGCAGCUGUCUCUCGCGGCCUGGAUGGCGUUGGAUAUGGUCACAUUUACGGAGCAUUCAACCUUGUGUAUGGGGUCGGAACAUCAAUUGGACCUAUCGUUGGUGGCCAGAUGUACGAUCAUAUUGAGCGUGGUUGGAUGGCGCUGUGUCUUCUCGCUGCAGGACUUCUGGUCCUAUGCCUUGGUCUGGCGCUUUUCUUCGUCGGCAGUAAUCCUUUCUACUAUCGCCUUCGGGCCCUCCAACCGGUGAAUAAAUCCGAAGGCUGA